AUGUGCUUUUACUGUCACUGUUUUACAGUUUCUGAUCUCAUCCUCUACAUAGUAGGAUUCUUUAUUCCACCAGUUGCAGUGUUGUUGAGAAGUGGGUGCUGCUCAUCAGACCUUCUUCUCAACAUCCUGCUGACUAUGCUUGGAGUGGUACCAGGUAUGCUCCAUGCAUUUUACUACAUUACCAUGACAAGCCCGCUAAGAAGAGAGGAAAAUAGGUAUUAUUACCAAAGUGGCUGGGAUGAUGGCCGUCGCAGCCGGCAUCAAGGAUCACCAGGCGCGAGCGAGCGCGAGCAUGUGGUUAGAGAGGAGCCUUCGGCCGUGACACCGCUGAUGCCUAACACUGGCGUUGGUAAACCGGCUUCGGGGGCCCCUCCUCCAUACACUGAGAGUGUGUAG